UAUAUUCUCGAUAAAAGAUGACAACAACACGGAUGGCUGCACCCACAAAUUUUUAUGAUUCAAAUGAUUGUAAUUGUAUGAUUUUAAAAUAAAUAAUUCUAGAAUUUAAAUCCAGAGCUCUACCAGAAUGCUGAUAAUUUAUGAUCAUAACGAAUUAUUUUGAUAGUUUUGAAAAUGCCUUUUAAGUGGAGGCUGAAAAAAACCAGGAAGUAUGAUAUUUCUACUAAGAACUCCUUCAUUGUAGGAGUGUAUUUAUUGGACAAUGCUUAUUUAGAAUGUACCCUGAGUGCUGAAAGUACAGGACAAGAGUGCUUGAAAAGUAUUGCCCAGAGAAUCGAACUCUCUGAGAGUCAGUAUUUUGGAUUGAGAUAUGUUACUAAAAAAUUGCAUUUUCAUUGGGUUGACUUAGAGAAGCCACUUAAAAAGCAGUUAGAUAAAUAUGCCCAGCCUGCUAGUCACUGUCAUUGUCUCUACUUUGGUGUGAUGUUCUAUGUGAUGGGGGCACAUAAAAUUCCAGAUGAAGUGGCUCGUUAUCACUAUUACCUUCAACUAAAAAAUGAUGUGAUUGAUGGAAGGCUUCUAUGUUCUUCAGAUCAAGCUGUCAGACUGGCAGCUUACAGCUUGCAAGCUGAGUUUGGAGAUUAUGAGCCUGAGAAAUACACUAUUCAGAAUGUGUUGCUUUUUCCCAAGACAAUGAUGAAAGAUGAGACAGUGGCAGCUGAACUUGUGUCUGAGGCUGUAGCUGGACACAAUAGUCUACAGGGUGUCUCUCCAGGCAGAGCAGAGCUUCAGUAUGUUAAAGAAAUACAAAUGAUGGAUGGUUACAGUGUAGAAUAUUACAGUGCUAAGGAUGAAUCUCGAAAAGAUCUUUAUUUAGGCACUUCCUGCAUGGGUAUUUUUGCUCGCUAUUUAGAUGGUCAGUCACCAGUUUAUUACAAGUGGCAUGAGAUUGCUAAAGUGACUCAAAGUAAAAAGACACUUGAAAUAGAUACGUCUAAAAGUUCUGUACAGUUUCAAUUAGAGGAUACAGACACUGCUAAGUAUGUCUGCCAUUUAUCUCAGCUACAGCGCCAAUUUUACAAAUCAUCUAAAGGAAAUUUAAGUCUAAGUUUGUCUGACAUCACACAAGCUGGUGAAACUGCAGAAAGCCUUCCCUUUGAGGAUGCUCAACAAGUGUAUAUACCCCCUCCCACUGAAUCAACUCAAACUUCCCAAGAACUAGGUCCCUCACAAACCUCACUGGCUCAUACUACAGAACAGAGAUAUCCACCAGAUGUUCUCCAAAGUUCACAGCAAAGUUUAGAGUCUUCCAUUGAGCAACAACAGCACCACCAUUAUCAUCUCCCAACAAGUCAUAGGACUGCUAUAGAGGGAGAUGGGGUCAUAAGCAAUGGUUUCUAUCAGCAGCAAGUUAUGAGACACGAGUCCUUGACUCCAACACCUGAAGGAGACCCUGUCUAUGUCAACAGAGCUGCUUUGCUACCUGCAUACAGGCCAAGCCCCGAUUAUGAUGCACUUAUGCAGCAGCGAUUACUACAGCAGCAUCAACAGCAGCAACAUCAGCCACAACAACAUUCUCAUUUCAAGGAUUUCACUCCUCACAUUGGAGCUGCUCAAGUUUAUGUCCAUCCUGAUGGAAUGGCUUACAGCCAGCCAGAAAUCAGUCAGAAUAUAGCUAUGUACAGAGAUGAACAUGGCAAUUAUGCCAAUGUAGAUGCCCUUAGAAACUAUAGUCAUUCGAUAUAUGCAAACAUCUUCCAAGAGGGUCAUGGUAUCUAUGCAGGUAGAGGUGGGGAUCGAGGAAACAAUUUGGCAGUACACCCUACCUAUAGCUCACCAGAACUCAACACAGACAUACAUCAGCAAGAAAUUUUUGCCAGCAAUGAAUUCUCAGCUCAAGAGGCCAUGGUUUACCACUUCCGACCUCCUCCUCCAUAUCCCCGCACAAGUAGCAGCACACCUGACUUGGCUGUCCAAUCAAAUAUGGUGUCAGACCAGCCUUCCACAGUAAUACAUGGCCAGAAAACUAGUGGCCAACAUGAUUUACUAGUACAGUCCAGGCUUGACAGAAGUGUUGAUGAUCUUUCUGGAUUUAAGCUAACAGCUAGUGGUUACUCUUUGAAUGGACACCAGUUUUCAUUUACAUCACCAGAAGACUCAUCCCAAUCUGUAGCAGUAACCAUAGAGGGCAAAACUUUCAAUGCUAGAGAUGGAAAUCUAGAUGAGGGAAACACUAAUGUAUCAGCUGUUGCCCCAGAUACUAAUGCUGUCAAUGUAGGUGUAGAGAGCACAAGUAAAUUUCUCAGUGAAGAUCAAGAGGAUACAUCUAGUGAACAUUCCUACUCAACAUUUCAUGCCAAAGAAUCUGAUGAAAGCUCAGAGGAAGAGAAUUCUAGGCUGAAAAUUUUGCGCCAUAGGGAGGAGUCAAAUAUUCACAUUAGAAUGUUCACCCCACAGGAAGCUCCACCCCCUUCAAAACUCAAAGAAGAGGCAGCUCUUAGAGAAAGUUUUAGAAGACUAAAAAUUGCCAGAAAUAGCUCUCUCAAUAAAGAUGGUGUUGGUUUUGGUAGAUCAUCUCUAAGGGCUAUAAAAGACACUGCAGAUAUGAGCACAUUGGCUCCAACACCAUUAAAUGCUGUCAAUGAACAGCUGUUAGAGGGAGAUAAUAAAUCAAAUGAGGCUAAACCAUCAUCAACUGCUCUACCUUCUCCACCAGAGAUGAAGGAACUUUUAGAUCGCCUAGGUGACCCUCCACCCUAUCCUGGAAAGACAGAUGAACAUGGCCAUUCUGUCACAGACACUAUUUCCACUCCUAAUGAAAACUGUGUAGUAGAAGAUAACACAAGAAAUUCUUUGAAUCAAAACAAGCUGUCACUCACACCUAAAGGGUCUCUGGGAAAUGUUCCACUAAAAACUAGUCCUUUCAGAGAAUCUUUUGGUUCCAAGCCUAGAUCGACAAGCUUUACCUUAGAUACUAUUGUUCCAGUCUCCAAACCAAUCAUUGUCUGUAAUUCUAAAGACUCAGACCUGUGCUCCUCUGUUUUGAAAUCACAGUCCCUUGAUGUUGCCUCUUUGACCAGUGAUGGUUUCAAAUAUGCCAGUGAAAAAGAUGUCAGUGACAGGCCAACAAGUAGUGAAGACAAAGAUGACAGUGCUGAUAAAUUUGUUGAUUUACAUGAUCUAUCUGUGGGCUCAGAUAGUGAUUCUGAUCAUGAGAGGAGUCUAUCAGAAUCUAGACACAUGGGUCCUCUUAAGUUGGCUGCCAUGAAUGGAUUAACUUUGUCAAGGUCCAUGGUGUUGUCAAUGAUGAAUGAUGAGACCAGAGCCCCAACUGAUGACAGGAGAAAAAUGCUAGAAAGUAAAAUAUCUGAAGGUCAAGUAUAUGCUGAGUUUGAACAAAUACCUCGCAAAUCUGACUCUUUAGAGUGUAGUGUAGCUUCAGCUGCUCAUAAUGCAUCUAGAAAUCGCUUCAAAGAUGUGUUACCAUAUGAUGCCACUCGUGUCAAAUUGACUGCAAGGAAAGAUAAUCCAGAUGGUUACAUCAAUGCUUCACAUAUCAAGCUCACAGCCAAUGAUAACAAGUGGCUGUUUAUAGCAACUCAAGCUCCACUGGAAAACACAGCCGUUGAUUUCUGGCAGAUGAUUUGGGAAAAUAGCAUAGAUGUGUUAGCCAUGUUAACUCCUUUCCAGGAGUCUGGCAAAUCCAAAUGCUAUGUUUACUGGCCACAAGAACCAGGAGCUCAGUAUAAACAGAUUUAUGGAGAGUAUGAGGUAGAAUUACAAUUUACUGACGACUCUCUCUGCUAUUUGACUAGCCGAAUCAUUUUAAGACAUGGAGGUUGUGAACACAUGGUCUGGCAUCUCCAGUACACUGAUUGGCCAGAUCAUGGUUGUCCUGAAGAUACUUAUGGAUUCUUAGGAUUCCUGGAUGAAAUUGAAUCUGUAGCUCGAUUAGCUGAGAGUGAGUCAGGUUGUAGUGAGAGACCACCUGUGGUAGUUCAUUGUAGUGCAGGAGUUGGAAGAACUGGUGUGGUGCUAUUAACCAUGGUCAUGAAGUGGUGUUUAGAACACAAUCAGAAUGUAGAUCUACCAAAGGCUCUAAUGGCUAUCAGAAAUCAAAGAAUGCACAUGGUACAGACUAUGGGACAGUAUCGUUUCAUUCAUGACACACUUAUCCAGUAUCUAAAAAACACAAGACUUAUUUAAUCCAAUAUCUGCAAUCACUUGGUCAAGAAUUGGAAAGUAGAAUUUUUUUUAGAUGUACAUUUGUCAUGUUGUUCAAAUGUGUAAAAUAUAAACAAACAUUUAACCAUUUUGUUUAGCCAGUUGUCUAGUUUCUGUUCGAUUUGAUCAAAUGUUGUGACAACAUCAAGAAACUCUGAUGAUAUUGUCAAAGUUGUGAGAUUAUGCUUUUCCUUUCAGUGCUCAAAUAUGGUUUGAACUGAGCUAACUAUAAUUAAGCCUAAUUUUUAUUUUACUAAUCAAGAUAUAUUUCAAGAAAUAAAUAGAUAUUCAUGUAUUCUAAUUAAAAUCUAAAGAAAUUAACUCAAUAUGAAUUAUAACAUUUUCUUUAUACUUUUUAAAAAAUGUAUAUUGAAUUAAUUGUGUUAGUUAGCAUAAUGGUUGUACAUCUUUUUAAUAUAAACAUAAAAUUUCAAUAGAUUAAUGCAAACAAAUCUUUUUUUUUCCAAUUUUUUAAAAAUUUGUUGAUCUAUUUUUGAGUAACCAGUUCUAGUAAAUGUAUACAGUUCUUGAAAAAGAAAACUUGACCAAAUACUCAUGUCAUACUUUCAACAAUUAAAAUAUUGUUGUUUUUGCUUUUUUUGUUAAAACUCCUUGUACUGCAUUUGUGUGUGUUGAACCUAGUCCCAGUGAGAUAUUUCACUCAUAUGUACAUUGCCUUUGGUCAGUAUGAUUUACUUUGAUUGAAGUUAGUUUGAGCUCAGUGGAGAUAAUCAAUUGUGAGCUAAAACAGUUUGUUUCAAAGUUGUCACAUUUAACGUAUGUAGUCAAUUUAGAUUUUUAGCAUUACAAAAACAAAACAAUAUUGAAUGAUUUAUGUUAUUUGUACAAGUUUCUGUUGCUGGUCUUGAAGAAAAUAAUUUGGUUUGUUGUGAUAGCUCAAGAAAAUGUGAAAUCUUGUGGACUUUAGGAUUUGUUUUUCUUUUAUGAGUAAAAAGGUUUGUUAUUUUUGUUAUCCAAUCAUAACUAACCUUUAAAAAUUAAUAAAGCCAUUUGUGAUUUACAUAAAAAAAAGUAAAGUUCCCCUUUUAGACCUUGUGAUCUAUGGGGCAUCUGUUUCUGUGAUUCAUGUUUAAGGAGGGCGUCAUGUGGCCAGCUCAAUGACCAACUGCCUUUACUUUUCCUCAACUAAUGUCAGGCAGCCAUGAGAGCUGCAUGGUCAGAGGUGCCCAAAAUUAAAUAUAUCAAUCUUCACCAGAAUUCUAAUCCGGGACCCCUAGGCUCAGAAGCCAAGCACUUUACCAAUUAGCCAGUGUGCAUCUGUAAUUUACAUAAUGGAGGGGAAUCUAUGAAUAGCUAGUUUUUUUGGUCUAUCUCUUGUAGUUUAAAAUGUGUGUAAAGACUAGAAAGUUUAAGAUUUUGGGUUGUAUAAAUUAAAUGACAAUGAACAAAUUCUGACAACGAAGGAAUAUUUUAAUAUUUUAGACACACUAUUUCUUUUAUGUGCAAUUUUGUCAUUAGAAUCUAUAUAUUAACAAUACAUUUCAUUGUUUUCAAACUUCAUAUUAAGUCCAUAUUUUUAUGACCAUGUCUUGUUUAUGUUUACAAUGAAAGUGUGAAUGUGAAUUACUUCAUGAUGACUUAGUACUAUGUUUUCUCUAGUUAUUGAUCCCUUGUUGAAACACAGCACAUUGUAAACAAAAUAAAGAUAUUGAUCAAUCUGUGUCAGGAAAUGUGUAUAUACCAGUAAUUGGUAAACUAAAUAGUUGCAUUCUAUAUUUCAUAGGAACUCAAUUUAGAACCAUUCCAAAGGUUUUUAAUUUGUUCAGCGAACACUUUUGAUAGGAGUUUGUUAACUCUUUCUCUCUCUAAUUAUUUUCCAUGUUCCAACAUAAUAAUUCAUUUUGCUCAUAUGUAUUUCGCUAUCCUGUAAUGAUUAACAUUUUUGUUUGUUAUCAAAAUAAAAAAACUUACUUUUAUGGGCUUAUCUUUAGAACUAGAUUUACACUAGAUUUAGGCAAUAUUAUAUGAUCUAAAUUGAACUGAAAGUCUUUUUUUAUCAUAGUUAUUAAUAUUUUCACAAUCUUAAUAUAUAAAAUAAAAUGUUUAAAUUGUCUUGAGGUUACUAUCCCAUAUCACAAACCUCAGAAAAAUUAACUAUAAAAACAGUUUUUCUGUAAAAUCACAUGGAAAAUAAAAAAAUACAGUUUUCCAAUGGGAAAUUAUAAGCACUUAAAACAUUAUGGGAGGAAAGAAAACAAAACAACUGACUUUAAGCAUUGCCGAUAAUAUCAUUGAUUAGGCUGUAAGAAUGGGGUAAGACCAAUGAUUGUAUUGCCGAUUAGGAGAGAAAGAUUAAAUGUUCAAGAGUUCAACAUUAACCAACUCCACAUUAAUGUAAUUGCUCCACAAAUGUUUUCUGUUAUUAGAGUCUGUCAUUAUCACAAAUGUUUUCUGUCAUUAAAGUCUGUCAUUAUCACAAAUGUUUUCUGUCAUUAAAGUCUGUCAUUAUCACAAAUGUUUUCUGUCAUUAGAGUUUGUCAUUAUCACAAAUGUUUUCUGUCAUUAAAGUCUGUCAUUAUCACAAAUGUUUUCUGUCAUUAAAGUCUGUCAUUAUCACAAAUGUUUUCUGUCAUUAAAGUUUGUCAUUAUCACAAAUGUUUUCUGUCAUUGUCAUUAUCACAAAUGUUUUCUGUCAUUAGAGUUUGUCAUUAUCACAAAUGUUUUCUGUCAUUAUCACAAAUGUUUUCUGUCAUUAGAGUCUGUCAUUAUCACACAUGUUUUCUGUCAUUAGAGUCUGUCAUUAUCACAAAUGUUUUCCGUUAUUAGAGUCUGUCAUUAUCACAAAUAUUUUCUGUCAUUAGAUUCUGUCAUUAUCACAAAUGUUUAUUGCCUCAAAAUUGUUGCUUAUUUUGUGUUUUCUUUUCAUAAUAUAUUUUUUUGACUUGCAUGAAUUUUGUGAAUUGAAUAUUUUUGCUUUUUUCCCCUAUGUGAAAUUUUUGAUAGUCAUAAAAACUUUAUCAUCUACAGUUACAUUAAAAAAAGAUCAGCUAAACAUUUCUCAACUCAACUAUUGGAGUACUGAAAUAACUAGUCCUAUAGUAUUAAUGAACUGUUUCCAGCUCAGUCAUUUCUUUAUGUUUGAGGGGCAUUCGUUUGGAUCCUGCCAUUUCAUCAUGCAGGACAUGGUGGUAGAAAUAGAAAACAACAUUAUUUAGUACAUUUUGUGUUUUUAUCAACUCUGAUUAUGUUUGCUCAUAUUUUCAUUUUGAAAAGAAAUCUCAAAAAAAAAAUUUGUUUUCCAUUUAUCUGCCAUUUGAAUUGGUUGUGGAUUGAAUAUUUGUAUUCCUACAAUAAUUCACACUGUGCCUUAUACACCUGACACUUGCCUAAUUUAAUGUUUUUUAAACACGUUUUAUUUACAAGAAUUUGUAUUGAUUCAAUAAAUGUUAUUACUUUAAUAUUCUCUAAUGUGGUAAUGACUCAAAGAAUAAUUAAUUGGUAAAAUGAAGAUUUAGUUUUUUUGCUUUUUCUCUGCAUCUAUUUUCUAAAAGCUUCCAUUGAGGGAAACAAUAUGUAAAACAUCAAUGUUUAGGUCAAAGUAAAAAAAAAAAUGCAUAAAAUUAAAAAUUUUGACCAAAAUGUAUAUUCAUUUAUUAUAUAUGCCAAAGAACUUUGCCAACUUUCUUACAAUGUUUAGAGCAUUCUCAUCCUUUACAAAUAGACCUAUGUAUUUACCCUAAUGUUAGCCCUUUGUUUCCCAAUGACAAUGAACUCUUGUAUUUCUUAGUUCACCAAGUGGUGCAUAAUGUCAACUCUCUGCAUAUUGAAUUGGUUUCAGCUUUAUUUGGCCAUGAAAUCAAUGCAGUGGAAAUGUAACUGAGCUAAUAAAGUACAAUUUCAUUAAGGUGUCAGUUAAUUAAUUGGACACACUGAUUGACAACGAAUUGGGUCAAAGUCUGGUGUCAGUUGAUUUAAUGAACAUAUUGCUUGACAGAAAUUAAUUCAACGGAGUCAUAUUAUGCCAACACUUUUAUUUGAAACACGUUGACAAAAUCUUGGGAAUAAGUUUUAUACCAAUGCACUUAAGUGCAGCAUGUCAACAAUAUGCUAUCUUAGUUAGAUAUAAAUGUAAAAAAAUAUAAUAAUUAAACAAAUCAGGAAGAGUUAAGUCUUAUCAUAAAGAAACAAAACCACAAUAUACAAAUGGCAAUAUACAAAUAUUAACAAAUUAAUUGCAAUACCAUUAUGAAAUGAAAGUGUAAACAAUUAUAAAUAGCACCUAUUAAAAUAACAAAUUUGAACUAGAAUAGGAUAUUUUGACUUAAUCUCUGUUGACUGAAAAAGAAGAAUACAUUUUUGCUUCAAUCAUCUUUUCAUCAUUGAAAACACAUUUUUUGAUCACUGACUUAGGGCUGCCAGUUUCAGCUAGCCACUUCUUCCUACAAAAAAUAAAAAGGCUUUAGUAGAUUCUUACAGUAUUAGCUUAUACAUUUAUUUAAAAAAAAACAACUUUUAUAUAGCACAACUUUCAUGCUGUAAGCAUGCUCAGUACAAUCUGGUCCAAUCUCUUUUGUGGACACAUGGGAGAGGGUGUAUCUGAGAGUAGGUUUCAAUGCUGCCUCAGCAAACACAGCUCUGCUUGAUGUGGGUUUUGAACUUGAUCCCCCUAAAGGCAGCCAUACAGGUUUUGCCUCUCAGCCCUACAUCUAUAUUUUUGUAUUGCAAGCCAGAGACAAUGUGACCACAGCUCAGAACUCUCUCCCUUUAACUUUACACACUUCUUCAAAGCAAAGAUCACAUGAAUAUGUUCAUAGUAACAAGUCUGGUAAUUUAACAGUAAGUAUCACCUUAGUUAUAGUAGGUAGUAACAUAAAAGUUCAACCAGUGUCUAGUACUGUUAUUCUUGAUAAGUAGCACCUCAUUUAAUAGAAACAAAAGAAACUCUUUUA